GACUAGCCUGGUGUCGUUCAGGCAGCUGCAGCCUGUAUGUCCAUCAUGGAGUUGGGUUAUUCUGAUGUUUAAAAACGUUUUCAGUUUGUUCUUACGUGUUGUCUUUAUAUAUUUAUGUGCACAUCUUUCUCCUGCAUUCCGCGCUUAUGGUCGGUCUUUGAAUCACGUUACUCCGACGCUACUUCUCCAACUUCUGCUGCUCGCUAACUGACAACUUAGCAAAAUGAAUCCGGAUACAAGGACAGCUCUUAUUUACGAUGAGGAGAUGACAAAGUACAAACUGCUCUGGGUUGACCCAGCCUGUAAGAUUGAGGUCCCUGAACGCCUCACAGUGAGUUAUGAAGCUCUGAUGAAAACUGGCCUGGCUGAUCGCUGUGUUUCUGUACCAGUUCGAGAAGCCACAGAUGAAGAUAUUCUCCUUGUUCACAGCAAGGAAUAUUUGGAGGCAGUGAAGCAGACCCCUUAUAUGACUCUUGAAGACCUGCAGGUGUUUACAUUGCAGUAUGGGGAUGUCUACUUUCACCCAAACAUCUAUCAUUGUGCCAAACUUGCCGCUGGAGCCACUCUGCAGCUGGUCGACAGUGUAAUGACCGGGAAGGUGAGGAAUGGCAUGGCUCUGGUCAGACCUCCAGGACAUCACAGCAUGCAUAGUGCUGCCAAUGGUUUCUGUGUGUUCAACAAUGUAUCAAUAGCUGCCAAAUACGCAAAGCAAAAAUACAGCGUUAAAAGAAUUUUGAUAAUGGAUUGGGAUGUGCAUCAUGGUCAAGGUGUACAGUAUUGCUUUGAGGAUGAUCCCAGUGUGUUGUACUUCUCAUGGCACCGUUAUGAGCAUCAGAAGUUUUGGCCUCACCUUAGGGAGUCUGACUAUGACACUGUUGGCAAAGCAGAAGGAGCUGGGUUCAAUAUAAAUGUGCCAUGGAAUAAAGUGGGGUUGGAUAAUAGCGAUUACCUGUCUGUCUUCCUACAUAUGCUUUUGCCAGUCGCAUAUGAGUUUUGUCCUGAACUGGUGUUGGUGUGUGCUGGUUUUGACACAGCCAUUGGUGAUCCAGAGGGUGAAAUGUGUGCUACUCCUGACGUCUUUGCACAUCUCACUCACCUGUUGAUGAAUCUUGCAGAUGGAAAAGUGUGUGCUGUCUUAGAGGGAGGCUACAAUCUGAAAUCUCUCCCUCAGUCUGUGUGUGAGACAGUGCAGACUUUGCUUGGGGAUCCAUUGCCUCGACCUGCAAAUCUUAAAGGUCCCUGCAAAAGUGCCCUUGAGUCUUUACACUGUGUUCGGGCCACUCACCGUAAAUACUGGUCCUGCCUCAAGCUUGCAGACGAUCUACCCUCUGAAGAACUCAGCACAAAGCGUGUUAAAUCAGCCGAAGAUGACAAUCCCAUAGAGAAGAAUGAAAUGGAGAAAGAGGCAGAGGAGUUAGUUUGGCCGGAUCCUCCUAAACGCACCAGUCCUAAUGUUCGCACGGCCGUGGUGGGCCCUGAAGGCAUCACAUGUCCAGAGGGAUCUCAGCUCUUCUGCCCAUCUGAGGAUCCUGACCCCAACUUAAUCAAAAAACUACAGGAAUGCUUGGGCAAAGACGCAGAGGAUGCACUGACAACACUCUCCACUCUAAUUACUCUAAUGGACCAAAUGGAGAAGAACAAGAUCCGCAGUGGCCUGGCUCUAGUCCGCAAUGUUUCCAUGACGAUGAACUGUAUUGUCCAACAUUGUGCUGCAUCAUCCUUCUGUAACCGGAUGCUGAUUGUGUUUCUUGGUGAUAUGGUGGUGAAGAACUGCAUAACAGAAGAUGGGAAAAUGAUGCUUGUCCAGUUUAGCACAAAAAGUUUAGAGGCAGAGAUGACCAAAUAUUACAUUCCUGUGUGCUUGAAAAAGGGCUGUAGUGAUGUGUCAGGACUGAUCCAUGCCACGCUGAGCCUUCUGUUACCUCUGGGAUAUGAGUUUGACCCUGGUCUGGUUUUGUUGGUGCGGACUCCAGACUGUGGAGUUAAUGAAAAUACCUGGCAGCAGCUCACAGGCCUUUUACAGGGUCUGGGGCAGGGACACACGCUGGUACUCAUGCAGGAAAGUGACCAGUCUAGUGUAGCCCCCACAGUGUCCUCUCUCCUGGGGGCUCCUGCUCCAGCUCUGGGGCCGCUCUCGGCUUUUGGCUCAGACGACAUAGAGGCCCUACAAAGAUUGAAACUAAAGCUACAGUGUGACUGGAAGCUUUUACAAACAACAGUUCCAGAAAAUAAGUGUGAUGAUGACGGAUGACACGUUGCCUGAAUGGAAAAAGAAUCUCACAUUUCUCUUGAUGUUGGUGAAACUUUGUCACUUUUCAAUAAAAUACAUAUUUUUUUGGUGUUACUAU